AUGGGAUUGAAACCAUAUCUUGGCCUUCGUGGCAAUUCCCUUCUUCGGGCAGCUGUUUUCCUGGUCGUCUGUCCGACCUUUACGUGUUAUGGAUACAAUAUGAGCGUGGCUGGUGGCCUUUUGACACUUCCUACAUUCAACAACCAGUUCCCUCAGAUGGACACUAUCCACACGACUGGAGCACUGCAGCAUGAAAACUCGACUAUUCAAGGCACGGUGAUUGCCCUAUAUACUGUCGGUGGUAUCUUUGGAGCCCUGUCAUGCGUCUAUCUUGGUGAUCUCCUGGGACGGAAGAAGGUUAUAUUCUGGACAAACUUGAUCAACAUCAUCGGAGCCUUACUCAUGGCCACAUCAUUCAACUUCGCCCAAUUCAUCGUCGCUAGACUCGUUCUUGGUGUGGGCAUUGGCGGAUACGUCGCCACUGUGCCUGUUUGGCAGUCCGAAAUCUCACCAGCGCACAAACGAGGCUCAAAUGUGGUUACCGAUGGAAUAUUUGUUGGCGUCGGGGUUACUUUAGCUCUCUGGAUUGAUCUCGGUUUUUACUUUGUGAAAGAAAACUCAGUCUCGUGGCGGUUUCCUCUCGCUUUCCCCAUUGUCAUGUCCGCCAUCGCCAUGAUUUUUAUCACGGUGCUGCCAGAAUCGCCCCGUUGGCUGAUCAAGACUGGUCAAAUUGAAGAGGCCCGGAAGGUCAUGGCGGCUCUCCUUGAGCUCGAACCUGACUCCAGCACGAUCACUGAUAGCAUUCAACAAAUCCAAACUACACUCUCUGUCUGUGGAAAUACUUCGUGGACGGCUAUGUUCACGAAUGGAGAGCAGCGCCUCUUCCACCGUGCGUAUCUGGCCGCCACUGGCCAAUUCUUCCAGCAGAUGUGCGGUGUGAAUCUAAUUACAUACUACGCGACCAGUAUCUUCCAGCAAUACCUCGGUCUGGACGCCGUGAAAUCCCGCAUUCUCGCUGCAUCAAUGGGUCUGAUGCAGCCUUUCGGUGGCUACCUCGCCUAUUAUACCAUCGACAGUCUCGGUCGCCGACCCCUAAUGCUAUGGAGUGCAGGAGCCAUGUCCAUCUGUAUGGCCGUCCUUGCUGGUACAACAUCACCCCAAGCAUCUGACAGCACCGCUGCCCUAGUGGUGGCAGUGAUAGCGCUCUUUUGCUUCCAGUUCAUCUUCACAACCGGUUACUCCGGUCUCACAUUCCUUUAUGCCGCCGAGAUGGCUCCCCUGCAAGUUCGUGCUGCCGUCAGUGCUGUCUCAACUGCCACUGUAUGGGUCUUCAACUUCCUGCUCGCGGAAGUAACACCGAUCGGCUUCUCGACUAUCGGAAAUAAGUACUAUAUUGUAUUUGCAGUUGUUAAUGCCGCUAUUGUGCCGUCUGUGUACUUUUUCUUCCCUGAGACCAAGGGACGGACGCUGGAGGAGAUUGAUGAGAUCUUUGCCCAGUCGAAGAACAUCUUUGAUCCACCUCGUGUAGCGCGCCGGAUGCAGCUACAGGAUAACCGGCCGGACUCGGAGAACAGUGGUUCCAAUAAUGAAUAUGUUGAGGAAGGUGUUAAGGCUUAG